AUGGAGAGAGUGAAGGUGAUAAAUUUAAUAGCGAUCGUAGGAGUGGCAUCGCUGGCAUUAGUGUCGAAGAUGGAGAGCCUGCAUAUCGGGGCACCAGCAGAGCCUAGGCCGCUUUGCGCAUCUCAAUUUGCACUUGCAAACUAUGCUUGUGCAAGGCUUCCUUUCACUCCAGGAACGCCGCCGUCUCCUCCCCCCUCCCCGGACGACGGCCAUAGCCAUCGACAACGACACGGACACAGACACAGAAACGGACACGGACAUGGACACAGACACCGUCAUCACACUAGUCAGGAGGAGGAUUGUUGCAGGUGGGUUAAGGAAGUGGAUAGCCAGUGUGUGUGUGAGGUUUUACUUCGCUUGCCUCCCUUCCUUGUCAGGCCUCUUCAUCAGUACACAGUCACCGUUGGAGAUUUCUGUAAUGCUACUUAUUCCUGCGGGGGACCCAUUUGA